UCUGGGGACCCGAGGCGACUCCGCCCGCUGCGCUCCAGGGCCCCGAUUGGCACAGCCGCCCAUCGGAGGGCGUGUCGGCGGGGGUUGGAACGCGGCGGCGAGGGCGGCGCGAGGCCGGGCCGAGGCGGGGCUGCGGGACGCGGCGGCCGGUGGACAGCUGGGGGACGGCUGGAGGACCGAGGGCUGGGCUGCCGAGUGCGAGUGGACGGCUGGACGGGGAGCCCAGCCAUGGUGGACCACUUGGUGAACACGGAGAUCAACAGCCAGCGGAUCGCAGCGGUGGAGAGCUGCUUUGGGGCGUCGGGGCAGCCGCUGGCCCUGCCAGGCCGGGUGCUGCUGGGCGAGGGUGUGCUGACCAAGGAGUGCCGCAAGAAGGCCAAGCCCCGCAUCUUCUUCCUCUUCAAUGACAUUCUGGUCUACGGCAGCAUCGUGCUCAACAAGCGCAAGUACCGCAGUCAGCACAUCAUCCCCCUGGAGGAGGUGACCCUGGAGCCGCUGCCCGAGACCCUGCAGGCCAAGAACCGCUGGAUGAUCAAGACAGCCAAGAAGUCCUUCGUGGUGUCGGCCGCCUCCACCACGGAGCGCCAGGAGUGGAUCAGUCACAUUGAGGAGUGCGUGCGGCGGCAGCUGCUGGCCACGGGCCGUCAACCCACCACGGAGCACGCAGCCCCCUGGAUCCCUGACAAGGCCACGGACAUCUGCAUGCGCUGCACGCACACGCGCUUCUCGGCCCUCACCCGGCGCCACCACUGCCGCAAGUGCGGCUUCGUGGUCUGCGCCGAAUGCUCCCGGGAGCGCUUCCUGCUGCCGCGCCUCUCGCCCAAGCCCCUGCGCGUGUGCAGCCUCUGCUACCGCGAGCUGGCCGCCCAGAAGCUGAAGGAGGAGGCGGAGGAGCAGGGCCAGGGGUCCCCCGGACAGCUGGCCCAGCGAGCUGGAGCCCUUUACGGGGCGUCCAGUGGCGACGAUGAUGACUCGGAGGAGGACAAGGAGAGCAGCGGGGACAGCGACUGGCCCAGCCAUGUGGAGUUUUACACCUCGGGCGUGUCCUGGUCGGCCUUCCACAGCUGACCCAUGCCUGCAGAGCUCCAGUGCUCAGGCCUGUGAAGCCGCCCCCUGGUGGCUGGUGCAGCGUGGGGGGAGGAGUUGGGGGAGGGCUUCUUGCUCUCAGAGUUCUCAGUGCCUUUGUGCUGGACGCCCGUGUCCUUCUCAGCGUGCUAAAGGGAAUCACCCUCCCAUUGAGCAAGCCCCAAAGACAGAGGCUCUUGGAAACAGGCACCUGCUCAGCUGUAUAGGUGCCAGACAAGCCCUAGAAUUAAACAACCUAGGUGUCCUGGACAUUCAGGGAUCCCCAGAGGUGUUCAGAGUGCAGAAGGAAGAUAAGAUGGAAGUGAGGCUCCACUCCUUGCUGAGACUGGGAAAAGCCCACCACCCCUGCUGGUGCCUACCGCUGAAGGCUGGGCCCUGCCAGGCUAGGCAAGAGGCUGCACAUAGGCAUGUGGGAGAAUGUGUGCUGGAGGUACCCACUGGGCCCAGGGGCACAGCCUGAGCAGGACUCUGCCCUGUCUCCUGUCUGCAGGUACCAGGUGUGCACAGCCCUUUGUCCUGCUCUCAGCUCUGGCCCCAGCCGAGAAAGCCACCUCCUGUUAGGGCCCUUUGGACAAGGACAGAAACCACACCUAGACUGACAGGCAGUGCAAAAAAAAGUUGAUCAGCUGGUGAGGCUGCAUAGUCGGGGGGUGUCCUUGCUGCAGACACAGCUCAGCCCAAGCUGGGAGCUGCCGGCAGCCCAGCCGAGGCAGACGCCCAUCCAGCGCCUGCUCCGGGCUCCUCCAGGACAUGGCCAUGCUGGCUGCCCUGAGCGCCCCCACAUGUGCAGCCCUGCUCACUUGGCUGCAGGCGACCUAAAUGAUAGAAUAGAAGGAACAAGGAGCCGUUUGUCUGAGCGAGCCUGGCCCUGGGGGUGGAGCCUCGGAGUGCAGAGGUCGUUCUGGGAGCAGCAACCGGCCUUGCUCAGCUACGCGUGUGCUGGAGCGGAGCUUGAGUGCCUGCCACCUGCCAGACCAGGCUCCCGGGCACCUCCCCAUCCUCAGAGCACCGUGGGGUUACGGCCAGCUGGAAGUGGUGACUUGGGAGCUGGUCGGGCAGAGCAUCCUCCCCUUUGCACAUGCAGAGCCUGGAGGGCCAGGUUGGAGGACAGAGUUCUGGGAACUGCUGCUGCGGCCACCAUUCACCACAGAUGGCCCUUGGGAUGGCAAGGCCUGUGGACUGGGACCAGCUCCUGGGGGGGGGAGGCGGGAGCCGGUGGAUGUGGGGAGGGGGUCAGCUGUCUCAAAGAAGCAUGCGAUUGUUUACUUUGUCUCCUUGGCCUCACUGAGCCGCACAGACUGGUUCUGCCUGGGCAGAGGGCACAGACUGGACAGGUCAUGGGGCGAGUGGCCACUUCCCGAAGAAUGAUCU